AUACUAGGCACUGUGUAAUUGUAUAGAUGUAUACCGCGGCGAGCGGCGCCGGCGGCGGCAACCAUGGCGUCGCCGGAGUCCAGCUCCAGGAAUUCGCCUACUUCGUGGUCAUCGACUUGGAGGCGACCUGCGAGAGGGGCAGGAGUAUAUAUCCACAGGAGGUCUUCGAGUUAGCCUCCGUCAUCGUCGACGGCGCCACCGGCGAGCAGCUCGCGGAGGCGUUCCGCGCGUACGUCCGGCCGGUGCACCACCCGACGCUCACCGGGUACUGCAGGGAGCUCACCGGCAUCGAGCAGGCCGACGUCGACGCCGGCGUGCUGCUCGCGGACGCGCUGCGCGCGCACGACGCGUGGCUGGCGGCGAGGGGCGUCAAGAACGCCGCCGGCGGUGGGUUCGCCGUGGUGACGUGGGGCGACUGGGACUGCCGCACCAUGCUGGAGGGGGAGUGCCGGUUCAAGGGCAUCGACGACAAGCCGGAGUACUUCGACCGGUGGAUCAACCUCAAGCAAGUGUUCGGCAGCGCCGGUGCCGGUGGCGACACCCGCCGGGUUGGCCUGGAGGAGGCUGUCACGAUGGCAGGGCUAGCAUUCUAGGGGCGGCCGCACAGCGGGCUCGACGACGCGCGCAACACGGCGCGCCUCCUCGCCCUCCUGAUGCGCCGAGGGGUCAGGCUCGCCGUCACCGGCUCGCUGCCGCCACGGCCGCCGCCGCAGGUCGGCGCCGGGACGGAGGUGGAGGGAGUAGCUGGUGGCGCGCACGUACGCUACUGCCACUGCGGCGUGGCGAUCAGGGCGGGCGUGUCGCGGAGGCCGGGGCCGACGCAGGGGCGGCGCUUCUUCGGCUGCGGCAGGUGGACGCCGGCGAGAGGUGCAGUGUGCUCCUACUUUGUAUGGGAGGACGAC